AUGUCUGCUGACGAACAGAAGGUUGCGGUGGUUGUGGUGGGCGGUGGACCCACAGCGCUCUCUGUGGUGGCAAGAAUCAUCGAGCCGUACCCGGACCACCUCACCGAGCGGGACCACAACACGCUGCUGACGGCGGUGAGGAAGACGGGCAAGCAGAGGCCCGGACAGAAGCGAAAGGACGACGUGCCGCCGGUGGAGAGCCUUUUGCCGCAUGUGGCCGUCAUCGAUGCCUCCGAUGACAAGUGGAUGACGAGGUGGAACAGGUACUUUGAGGCCUUCCGCAUUCCCAUGCUUCGCUCGCCUGUCUUUCAUCAUCCUGAUCCUCGCGAUGGCCUCGCCCUGCGGACGUACGCCAAGAGUUGCGGCCGCGAUGCCGAGCUCACACCCAUCGACUCGUUUUUUGACAACAAGCGGGCGUACAAGGUCAAGUCACGCCGGGGUCAGACCCAGCAGUGGAACAACGAGGUCCAUCGCCAGAACUUCCUCCUCCCAUCGUCGCGCCUCUUCUCCUCCUUCUGCUCCUCGGUCGUCGACUCGUACGGCAUCGGCGAUUUGGUCCGCCACGCCACCGUUGUCGACGUCCGCCCCAUUGUGGACGAUGCCACCGGUGCCGUCGUCAAGUACGCCGUCGACAUGGCGCCGGCUGGCGGCGACUGCGACGAGGUCAAGACCAUCAUCACCACCGCGCUCGUCCUCGCUAUCGGCCUCACCAAUCACCUGUCCAUUCCCGAGUUUGUGGCGAGCCUACAGCCGGGCGCGUACCCGGCCGGCCGGAUCCAGCACGCUUACGAGGUCCACUUUGACGCUCUCCCGGACGAUGGAUCCGGGAGCCAGGCUCCGUUGCGGGCAGGCGGGCGGCGGCUGGUCUUUGAGCGAGCGAGCAACGUGUUGAUUGUCGGCGGCGGGCUGACUGGCGCUCACAUCGCUAACCUCGCACUGGCGUCGGGCGUCAAGCACGUCACGCUUGUCACUCGCUCGUUCAUUCUCACUCGCCAGUUUGACGUGCCCAUCGACUGGGUUGGCACCUUUAAGGCCGCCAACAUGGCUGCGCUGCUCACGCUCAGCCCCGACGAGCGGCUCGACGAGAUUCACAGCGUCCGUGCGGGCGGCUCCAUCCCGCCACGCUAUGUCGCCGCACUCAAGGCUGCCACCGCCGAGGAGCGCCUGACGCUGGUAGAGAACGCCACUGUGGCGUCGCUGGCUUACGACGCCGACGCCGACGCCUUUGCCGGCACUCUGGAGCCGAGCAAGGCCGACCGUGAGCCGAGCUACGGCGAGUCUGGCCCGGUCUUUGAUGACAUCCACUCGGUCAUCCUCGCCACCGGCGCCGACGAGGACAUCGGUGCCGAGCCGUUCCUCGCCUCGCUCCUGGCCUCACCGGCCCUCGACCUGCCGAUCGAGCGCGGCUUCCCUGUCCUCUCGCCGGAGCUCCAGUGGGGCAGAGAUACAAACGUGUUUGUGUGUGGCGGCUACGCUGCGCUCGAGCUCGGUCCGUGGUCGCACAACCUCUCGGGCUCCCGCUCGUCGUCCAAGCGCGUUGCGCCCGCCCUCCGCCGUCUUUUGCACACCACCAUUGCUCCGCCCGUUGCAGACGCGGACGGCGGCGCUUACAGCGAUGAAGACUCUGACUCGUCGUCGUCAUCGUCGUCCGACGCCUUUGUGGCCUCGAACCCGUACGCCCUGCUCGAUCUCGAGUAA